GUUAUUAUGAAUGAAUUUGAACGAUACGCUUUUAGGUUAAGCUUUUAAAAUAUUAUCCAAUUUGGUUUAUAGUUUGUACGUUGAAUAACGACGAUUUUUAGAGAAAAAUGCCCAAAGUUGUCUCUAGAAGUAUUGUUUGCUCUGAUACAAAAGACCAAGAGGAAUACAGCGAAGAAAAACCAUUGCAUAUAUACUAUUGUUUAUGUGGACAAAUGACUUUGAUUCUAGACUGCGCAAUUGAGAAGCUGCCAUUGAGAAAAAAGGAUGGCGCUAGAGUUAUUGAUGGCAGUAAGCAUGCUCACAAAAUGACCUGCGAUCCCGAUGAGACAGUGUACCUGAAACGACCUGAAGGCAUAGAACGUCAGUACCGCAUGAAAUGUAAAAAGUGUGGCCUGGCUCUUUAUUAUAAGCAUAGUCCAACAAGCAAUGUCAAUUUCAUUCUCAAGGGAUCUGUUGUCAAGAGCUCUGGAGAAGGACCGAAAAUGGACAUUUAUAAUCAAGUAGCUGUUGAAAAACCGAAAAAGAUCAUGGUAACCAAACACACUAAGAACAUGGGUAAAUUCAGUUCAGUCACCGUAUCUACCAUCGACGAGGAAGAAGAUGAAAUAGAAGCUAGAGAAGUAGCCGACUCUUAUGCGAACAACGCUCGUAUUAUUGAGAAGCAGCUUGAAAGAAAAGGAAUGAACAAACGUAAACAGGUGGUGCAGCAGACGCAGGCAGAAAUCGAAGCCAAACGAAAUAGAGUUAGAGGAACACUUAUUGACAAAUAGUCUUAAUAUCUUCAAAUUCUUCAACUUGUAAAUACUGUAAUUCUCAAGUCAAUAUCCAAAUAUUAAAAAUUUGUAUACUCAAUAAAUUGCAUUUAAUUGAAA